UGUGAGAGAGAGAGAGAGAGAGAGAGAGAGAGAGUGUGUCUCACAUGUGACAGUUCUUCACUCGGAGAUAGGUAAGACACUUGGCACGCUGAUGGACCUGCUUUGUUAGACCUGCUGGCACUUCAAGGGACUUUCUUCCUACAGACCAGGAGAGCAGGACGCAUUUCCAGUUACCCAGAGAACUACAGCGUGCCUUUUGACAGCUGACAAGUCACAAACACACUCCCUUCUUACGAGCUUGUUUUAUUCCACAAACUCUAUAGAAAUAUUUGACUCUUUGAGAGUAAUGAUGGAGAUGAAGGUCCUGGGAUGCGCGUUGCUUUUCCCUCUCCAGAUCUUCUUAUGCUCACUGAGGGCGAUCGUGCGCUUGUUUACGCGGCAGAAGCGCAGAGUUCUGGGCACUGAUGUGGUCCUCAUCACUGGAGGAGGAAGAGGAAUCGGCCGUCACCUGGCUAAAGAGUUCGCCAAGCAAGGAGCAAGAAAGGUGGUUUUGUGGGGCCGCACAGAGAAAUGUUUAAAAGAGACAUGUGAAGAGAUCUGUGUGACCGGAACAGAGUGCCAUUACUUUGUGUGUGACGUGGGCAACAGAGAGGAUGUGUACCAGCAAGCCAAAGUGCUCAGGGAAAAGGUCGGGGAUGUCACCAUUCUUGUCAAUAAUGCAGCUGUUGUCCAUGGAAAAAGUCUGAUGGACAGCGAUGACGACGCACUUCUGAAAACCCAGCACAUUAACACAUUUGGACAGUUCUGGACCACGAAAGCAUUUCUGCCUCGCAUGCUGGAGCUCUGCAAUGGUCACGUGGUAUGCAUCAACUCCAUUCUCUCCCUCUCCUCUAUCCCUGGAGCCAUUGACUACUGCACGUCCAAGGCCUCGUCUUAUGCCUUCAUGGAAAGCCUGACGCUAGGUCUACUGGACUGUCCAGGAGUGGGCUGCACCACGGUGCUUCCCUUCCAUACAGACACAGAGAUGUUCCAUGGCAUGAAAGUUAGGUUCCCUAAGCUGUUUCCGCCUCUGAAUCCUGAGAUGGUGGCCGAACGCACUGUGGAAGCUGUAAGGACCAACACUGCCUUCGUUGUCCUGCCAUGGACAAUGCACUUUCUUGUCAUUCUUAAGAGCCUUUUGCCCCAGUCUGCCCUGGAAGAGAUCCAUAAGUUUUCAGGAAGCUACACCUGCAUGAACACAUUCAAAGGCCGGACUUAAACUCAGAAACAGCUCGACUGUGAAAAAUCCCCAAAACCAAUUUUUCAUGCAAAGCAAGCACUACAUCCAGGAACAUCAAUCUGUUGCUUUGUGGACCAAAAAAAAAAAAAAAGACUGAAAGGGUCAGUGGGAACAGCGUGUUAAGAUGGCUUGUUUUCCCAGGAACGGGUUUUACGUGGUUGCCCUAUACUGGACUGCACACAGGCAUGUAGGUGAACCUGUUCCUUUGAUAUUGUGAUAGCAAGGAGCACAGACUGUUAGAGUUAACAAAGAAAUGGUUCUUAGAAUGCUCUGAGGUUUUAAUCAGGGCAUGUUUGCUCUUGACUUGGGAGUUUUAUUGAUUUUUACUGAUUUUGUCACAAAAACAAAAGUUAAAGUCUUCAACCACAUACGGCAAAUGCAUAUAUAUUUUUUCAAAUAUUUAUAUUUUUAUAGUUGCUGAUAUAGAUUGUAAAAUAUAUUGAGAUAAACAUCAAAUUUUAGUUAUUUUCUCA